AUGCGUCCCACAUCCGUCAGCCUCGUCGGCCUCGCCUUGGCCACAGUCUCUGCUGCGCAGACCGUCACCCUCUAUGUCCCAGGCACCGAUGAACAACCUCUUGUUGCCUCCAUCAUUGGCUCCGACGCAACAGCUACCACAUACGCCAUUUCAUGCGACCCUGGGGCCUCAGCCCAAGACUGUGGCAUCGAAGGAACCAUAACGCUCACCGAAGGGCCCACGACAGCGAAAUAUACCAUAGCCCCUGUGAUAGAUCCAAACGGCCAAACUGCGUUGUACGACCCCCUCCCUCACAACCGUGAGCCUCUUACAGUUGCCCCCCUGCCGCUGAUCCUCACCCUUACCCCCAUCUACAUUCACAGACAUAUAACUAAUAUACAUAGUGCGGGACAAGUCCAUUGUUCCCUAGCAGGCACCACCUCCGCAGUUUGCGUCGAGUCCUUUGGCGGCAGUGAGGCCAAUUUCCCAGGAGUUAGCACCGAGACAUACACAGGCACCGACCAGCCCUACAUGCCCGUCACGAUCAUUGCGGGCGCAGUAGGCGCAAACCGCAUCGCGUCGCCGUCAACCACGGGGUCUGGCUCAGAUUCGACACAAACAUCAGGCGCAGGCGCAGGCGCGGGCGCGGCUAUGUCGACUGCGGAUGCCAAGGGCUCGGGAGCUGCAACGACGACCACGGACUCGGGACCCGGGGCCGUGAGUACAGGGGCUGCUGCAGCGAUUUCACAGGGCGCGGGAUGGGUUUUGGGUGGGGCUGCUAUGGCCAUGGCGAUGCUGUAG